CUAGGUUAUCCUCCAACAAAAUUUAAAGUAUCUCCUAAAGACAUGUUUAAGAGGACUACCAUUAUCGCUGAAGUGAAUGAAAAUGUUUUAAAGAAGCAAUGGGAAACUACUGGAGUAAGUUUGGCUUCUGACUAUUGGGAUUUCAUCCCACAUGAUGCACAGCAAGAUGCAAGUUUAAGUUCCGCAAAUUACAAAGGAGUUUAUCACAUGCUCAGGGUUUCUUUGAAGGACUUCUCAAAAGGAAAAACUCAAUCUUCCUUCAAAACUGCUUUUCAACUCCUAAUAGUCAUCGUAUCACAGAAUUUGGACAUCACAUUAUAUUUAUAUGUGCAGAGAGAUCGGUAAUCAGUGACCCUGCUCCCGCUACUACUGGUUUGGAGUAUGUUAUUGGCUCUGGAAAAACGCACAAAUCAUGCUUUCCUUAUUGUUGUGGUUGGUGAUCCUAACAUAGAACUUGGUGAAAUUGGGAAAAUAUGAUAGAUCUCUGUGAUCUUAUAAUUCUUCAGACGGUAGGGAUUCUUGCCCACAGAAAUGGUGUCUUAGUUCGUAUUAGUGUAGUGGACCAGUUGCAGAGAGGGGAUAUUAUACAUAUACCUCUUAUUGAUGAAGAUGUUGUGUUGAUAAAUCAACCUCUAUCUAUUCAUGAACACUCACUAAUUUCUCUGUCUGUUAGGAUUCUUCCAACAAAUUUUGUUCUUUCAAUCAAUCCUCUUGUCUGUUCUCCAUUCCAUGCGGAUUUUGAUGGCAAUUCCCUUCAUGGUUAUGUUCCCCGAUCAAUUGAUUCUAGGAUUGAGCUUAGUGAGCUUGUUGCUCUGAAUCAGCAGCUGAUUGACGGACGGAAUGGUCAAAAUCUUCUCUCGUUAAGUCGUGAUAGCUUAAUUGCUGCUCAUUUAAUUUUGGAACCUGGAGUUUUCUUGGACUGCUUCCAGAUGCAGCAGCUACAAAUAUUUUGUCCUCGUCAGGUGAGUAUGACAGCUACUAUUAUAAGAGCACCAUCAGGAAAGUGUUAGUGGACUGGGAAACAGUUAUUCAGCUUGCUUUUGCCGUCAGACCUUGCAUUUGCUUUCCAUCAAAUGAUGUCUGUAUUAGUAAGGGGGAAAUUGAGACAUGUUCUGGUGGGUCUUCUUGGCUGGCGAUGCCAGUGAAAAUCUUUUUAUAUAGUCUUGUUAAACACCAUGGAGGUGACACUCUUGACCUCCUUUAUGCUGCACAAGCAGUUCUUUGUGAGUGGUUUGUCCAUGAGGGUAUUUAGUGUCUCGUUAUAUGAUCUUUACAUAUCUUCUGAUCCAUAUUCCUGUGAAAAUAUGAUUGAUGAAGUCUUCUCUGGUUUGCAAGAGGCAAAACGACUAUCUUAUAUCCAACUGCUGCUGAUAAAGUAUUACAAGGAUUUCCUUGGUGGAAGCUUAGAAGAGAGCAAGAACUCCAUGGAUUUUGAUUUGAACUUUAUGUCUAUCAUGCAGCAGAAAUCAGCUUCCUGAGUCAAGCUUCUGCUACUGCUUUCAAGCAAGUUUUCCGGGAUAUCCAGAAUUUGGUUUAUAAUUUUGCAAGCAACGACAAUUCAUUUUUGGCUAUGUUAAAAGCUGGGAAUAAGGGCAACCUGCUAAAACUGGUCCAGCAUAGCAUGUGUCUUGGUUUGCAGCAGUCUUUGGUUCCAUUAUCAUUUGGAAUGCCCCGUCAACUUUCUUGUGCUGCAUGGAACAAUCAUAAAUCAAAUCUUGUUUUUCAGAAAGCUCAUAAGGUUCCUGAAUAUUCUGGUUCUUACAUCCCGUGUGCUGUGGUUGAAAACUCUUUUCUUGCGGGUUUGAAUCCUCUAGAGUAUUUUGUGCAUUCAUUGAUCACCCGUGAUAGUUCUUAUAGUACACAUGCUGAUGUUUCUGGAACGUUGAACCGCAAGCUUAAGCUUUUCAUGCGUGAUAUGUACGGUGGAUAUGAUGGAACAGUGAGAAAGGCUUAUGGGAAUCAAAUUGUGCAGUUCUCUUACAACGAAGUAGACCAAAUUUCUUCUACUAAGGGCACUGGUGAAGCCCUAGAAAGUCAUAACGAUGCUACUCAUGCAAUUGGUGGUCAUCCUGUUGGUGCAUUGGCAGCCUAUGCCAUUUCAUAAGCUGCAUACGGUGCUUUGGAUCAACCUGUCAGUCCAAUUGAGUCAUCGCCUUUGCUAAAGCUGAAGGGAUAUCAACCGGCUAAACCGAUUGAUGUGUAUGCUCUGCUGAGCAACCAUGUCACCACGGAUAAGCCGAAGGUGAAGGUCACUCUUGAUGAUGAUAUUGAAAUGGGUGGAAAGUCUCUUGCUGGACGUCUUUAUAAGCUUGAUGAUCUCAAUAAAAAGUGUUGUAAAAGCCAGUGGGCAAUUGCAAAGCUGAGAAGUUUGGUUUCAUUCAAUGACAUAGAGAAGUUCUCCCAGUCACUGAAGCAAAUGUUGUCCAAACUUCAGAAUGGAGCAUGAUCUGAAUGUUGAGCAGCAAGUGCCAGAAGGUAUUCUGAAGGGCAUAAAUUUCAGUAUUCUAUCAGAGACUGAUGCAGUCAAAUGGUCAGCUAAGGUAAUUGGAUCAGUUAAUGAAGUAACAGAUCCCGCUUUGGGGUUUCCAAAUUUGAUCUAUCAGUGUUCCACAUGUGGUGCAAACGAUGGGAAAAAUUGUGAAGGCCAUUUUGGAUUAAUAAAUUUUCCAUAUACAAUUCUGAAUCCGUAUUUCGUAUCAGAGGUUGCUCAGAUCCUGAGGAAAAUAUGUCCAGGAUGUCAAUCUGUGGGUCGUAAUAAGUUCAAGGGUGCUGAUAAGACAUCUGCCUGCAAAUACUGUGAUGGAACUCUAGGUUAUCCUCCAAGGAAAUUUAAAGUAUCUCCUAAAGACAUGUUUAACAGGACUGCCAUUAUCGCUGAAGUGAAUGAAAAUGUGUUAAAGAAGCAAUGGGAAACUACUGGAGUAAGUUUGGCUUCUGACUAUUGGGAUUUCAUCCCACAUGAUUCACAGCAAGAUGCAAGUUUAAGUUCCGCAAAUUACCAAAGAGUUUUAUCACAUGCUCAGGUAUAUAGCAUUCUGAAAGAUGUUGAUCCAGGGUUUCUUCAAGGACUUCUCAAAAGGAAGAACUCAAUCUUACUUCAAAACUGCCUUUUGACUCCUAAUAGUCAUCGUAUCACAAAAUUUGGACAGCACAUGAUAUUUGAUGAAAGUGAUAGACUUUACAGAAAGCUGAUUGACUUUCUAGGGACAGCAAAUGACUUGAGCAACUGUGUUUUAGGUAGAAUUAAAGCUUCCAAGAUAUGUGCAGAGAGAUCGGCAAUCAGUGACCCUGUUCCUGCUGCUACUGGUUUGAAGUAUGUGAGAGAAUUGGUUCUGGAAAAACGCACAAAUCAUGCUUUCCGAAUGGUUGUGGUUGGUGAUCCUAACAUAGAGCUAGGUGAAAUUGCUAUUCCAUGUCAUGUUGCGGAAAAUCUCCAUGUGGCCGAACCUCUAAGUUCACGGAAUUGGGAAAAUAUGAUAGAUCUCUGUGAUCUUAUGAUUCUUCAGAGAGGAGGGAUUCUCGUCCGUAGAAAUGGUGUCUUAGUUCGUAUUAGUGUAAUGGACCAGUUGCGGAGAGGGGAUAUUAUACAUAGACCUCUUAUUGAUGGAGAUGUUGUGUUGAUAAAUCGACCUCCAUCUAUUCAUCAACAUUCACUAAUUGCUCUGUCUGUUAGGAUUCUUCCAAUAAAUUCUGUUCUUUCAAUCAAUCCUCUUGUCUGUUCUCCAUUCCAUGCGGAUUUUGAUGGCGAUUCCCUUCAUGGUUAUAUUCCCCAAUCAGUUGAUUCUAGGAUUGAGCUUAGUGAGAUUGUUGCUCUGAAUCAGCAGUUGAUUGAUGGACAGAAUGGUCAAAAUCUUCUCUCAUUAAGUCAUGAUAGCUUAACUGCUGCUCAUUUAAUUUUGGAACCUGGAGUUUUCUUGGAAUGCUUCCAGAUGCAACAGCUACAAAUGUUUUGUCCUCGUCAGGUGAGUAUGACUGCUACUGUUGUAAGAGCACCAUCAGGGAAGUGUUAUUGGACGGGGAAACAGUUAUUCAGCUUGCUUUUGCCGUCAGACCUUGAAUAUGUUUUUCCAUCAAAUGGAGUUUGUAUUAGUGAGGGGGAAAUUUUGACAUCUUCUAGUGGGUCUUCUUGGCUGCAUGAUGCCAGUGAAAAUCUUUUUUAUAGUCUUGCUAAACACCGUGGAGGUGACACUCUUGACCUUCUUUAUGCUGCACAAGAAGUUCUUGGCGAGUGGUUGUCCAUGAGGGGACUUAGUGUUUCACUGUCUGAUCUUUACAUAUCUUCUGAUCCAUAUUCCCGUGAAAAUAUGAUUGAUGAAGUCAUUUCUGGUUUGCAAGAGGCAGAACGACUGUCUUAUAUCCAACUGCUGAUGGUAAAGUAUAAUAAGGAUUUCCUUGCUGGAAACUUAGAAGAAAGCAAGAACUCCAUGGGUUUUGGUUUGGAGUUUAUGUCUAUCAUGCAGCAGAAAUCAGCUUCCCUGAGUCAAGCUUCUGCUACUGCUUUCAAGCAUGUUUUCCGGAAUACCCAGAAUUUGGUAUAUAAUUAUGCAAGCAAUGAUAACUCAUUUCUGGCUAUGUUAAAAUCUGGGAGUAAGGGCAACCUGCUAAAACUGGUCCAACAUAGCAUGUGUCUUGGUUUGCAGCAGUCUCUGGUUCCAUUAUCAUUUAGAAUACCCCGUCAACUUUCUUGUGAUGGAUGGAAUGCUCAUAAAUCAAAUCUUGUUUUUGAGAAAGCACAUAAGGUUCCUGAAUGUCCUGGUCCUUACAUUCCGGGUGCCGUGGUUGAAAAUUCUUUUCUUGCGGGUUUGAAUCCUCUAGAGUGUUUUGUGCAUUCAUUAACUACCUGCGAUAGUUCUUUUAGUGGACAUGCUGAUGUUUCUGGAACUUUGAACCGCAAGCUUAUGUUUUUCAUGCGUGAUCUGUACAUUGGAUAUGAUGGAACAGUGAGAAAUGCUUAUGGGAAUCAAAUUGUGCAGUUCUCUUACAAUGAAGCAGACCAAAUUUCUUCUACUAAGGGCACUGGUGAAACAGUAGAAAGUCAUAACCAUGCUAGUCAUUCAAUUGGUGGUCAUCCUGUUGGUUCAUUGGCGGCCUGUGCCACUUCAGAAGCUGCAUACAGUGCUUUGGAUCAACCUUUCAGUGCACUUGAGUCAUCGCCUUUACUAAACCUGAAGAAAAUAUUAGAAUCUGGAGUAGGUCGUAGUGGCGAGAAAACUGCAUUGCUGUUUCUUUCAAAAAAUCUUGAGAGAUGGCCUCAUGGUUUUGAAUAUGGGGCCUUAGAGGUCAAGGGUCAUCUGGAAAGGCUUCUUCUUUCAGAUGUUGUUUCUACAGUAAUGAUAUCCUACUCCCCUGAAACACAUAAAAGCGCUCACAGUCCCUGGGUCUGUCUUUUUCUUAUAGAUAAGGAAAAUGUGAAGACAAGAAGGUUGAAAAUGAGAUCAGUUAUAGAUGCUCUUAACAUGAGAUAUAGAGCCGCAAAAUCAACAAAACCGAAAGCAGGAACUGACCUUCCAGACCUGCAUAUAACAUGCAAGGAUUUUUCAGUUGCUGAAGUGGGUAACGAGAAGUCCAAAAUUUGCAUCACAGUUUCCGCUGUUGAGACCUCAAAAAAUUCUUUGUCACUUCUGGAUACACUUCGUGAUUUGGUGAUUCCAUUCCUUCUUCGGACGGUGAUAAAAGGUUUCUCCGCAUUUAAAAACGUUGAUAUCUUAUGGAGAGAAUUGCCCAGCACAUUGAAAUCCUCCAGAAGCUCUACUGCGGAACUAUAUUUGCACGUCUUCAUGUCGGAAAGUUGUGACAGAAUCAAAUUCUGGAAUGCGCUUGUGGAUAGUUGCCUCCAGAUAAGGGAUUUGAUUGAUUGGGAAUGCAGUUAUCCUGAUGAUGUCCAUGAUCUGACUGUAGCCUAUGGAAUUGAUGUAGCAUGGGAGUCUUUUCUAUGCAAACUACAUUCAGCGGUGUCUGAAACUGGCAAGAAAAUCCUUCCUGAACACUUGCUACUUGUAGCAGAUUGUCUCACAGCUACAGGGGAAUUUGCUCCCUUGAGUGCCAAAGGGUUAUCAAUGCAAAGAAAGGCUGCUGGUGUUGUUUCACCAUUUAUGCAAGCGUGCUUUUCGAAUCCAGGGGAUUCCUUUGUCAGGGCUGCCAAGAUGAGCCUGAGUGACGAUCUCCAAGGGAGUUUGGAGUCAUUAGCUUGGGGUAAGACCCCUUCCAUUGGAACGGGCUCGUCGUUUGACCUCAUCUUUUCCGCGAAGGGACACCAGCUGGCUCAACCGAUGGAUGUGAAUGCUCUGCUGAGCAACUAUGUCACAGGGGAUAACCCAAAGGUGAAGGUCACUCUUGAUGAUGAUAUUGAAAUGGACUAUUGACCCUUGGGCAAACAUACACCUUAAUUUAAAAAUGUAUUUUUGCUAGAUGUAUUAUGUAUCUCGACAGACCCAAAA